AUGUCAUCACAACGACUGAUAAAACUACCACAUCGAGUUCUUCUGAAACUCCACGGCGCCGACACAAACGUUUUUCUUCAAGGGUUGAUCACAAAUGAUGUAACGAAACUCCAGUCACAAAACGGUCUCGCUGCGUUUCUACUCAACACAAAAGGUCGAAUCGUUGAAGACGUUCUAUUAUGGAGACGUGGAACCGACGACGUCUUUUUAGAAUGUUCAAAAGGAAAUCAGGACGUUUUAGUGAAGGAAAUAGUGAAAUACCGACUGAGAAAGCGUGUGGAGAUUAGUGAAACAUCAGAUCAAGUGUUUUUCGAGCAAAACCCAUCCGACAAGCAUGAACAUCGAGAUCCUCGAUUUGCCGGCUUCGGAGCUCGAAUUUUCGGAAACCCUCCGUCUUCAGAAAUUAGUGAAAAUCGGGAAGCAUACGAAAACUUGCGAAGAUCAACUGGAAUUGCAGAAGGAGCCGAUGAGUUGGCAGAUUUGUUGCCUUUCCAAGCUAAUGGCGAUCUUCUCAACAUGGUUUCACUAGACAAAGGAUGCUAUGUUGGACAAGAAUUGACCGCAAGAACUGCUCAUACAGGCGUGAUUCGUCGCCGAAUUCUUCCAUUUGAAUGCGAAGGACAGGUGAAAAUUGGAGCCGAUAUCUUGGAUGAAAAGAAAAAUAAAGUUGGAAAGGUAAUCUCGUCUGACACCACUCGUUGCCUCGGAAUUCUCCAACUCUCCUCGUUCAAAUCUUCGAAAUUAACUGCCGACGAAGUCUCCCUGACAGCUAAACAACCGGAAUGGAUGCCAGAUAAAAUUCUGGCCAAUAAUAAAACAAGAACCAGUUUGACAGAUUCAUAA